UAGCAGUUUGAGGUUCUCGCUGUGCGCAACGUGGGCUUCUCCAAGCUACCGUAUUGCAAUAUGUCAGAGAGCGUUAGUAGGAGUUCAAGAAAAGUAGAUAAGGUAGACUAGCUCAUACCAUAUUGUAAGUGUACGUCCCUAUCAACUGACAGGUCCCACCCUAGGUUGAUGACAGUGUUGUCCCCUCACAAGAAAACGUGGAUUGUGCUUUAUCCUUGGCGAUUGGAUUGGUUUGAGUUCACCUGACUCACACUCGCAGACCUGGUGUGUGUGCAUGCAGCAUUAUGGAUCCGACGAGGCUUCUAACGGAGAACGACCGCCGCUCUCUUUCAACAACUCCAGCCCGUUACCCGUGGCUCCUUCACGGGUAAGGAGGUUCGCUCAGGAGAGGCGAGCGCUCCCUCAGCCGAGAGUGAUGGUGGUAUUCUCGGCCGCAAAUGAGAUUGAUAAACCAGGCGAUGCAAUGUCGAGUUCGGACUCCGCGGAGGAUGAUUUCCGAAAGCCAGCCACCCCCGCACCGAACCUAAAUCUAGGCAAGUCUCUUCGUACCACCUUUAACGAAUCUCCAUCUCCAGAGUUUCCUGAGGUUAUUUCUCUCAACGUGGGUGGGACCUACUUCACCACCCGCCUGUCCACUUUACGGCGCUAUGAGGACACCAUGCUCGCCGCCAUGUUUAGUGGACGCCAUCACAUCCCACGUGAUGCUGAAGGUCGCUUCUUCAUUGACCGGGAUGGGGCAUAUUUCGGGGACAUCCUGAACUUCCUGCGCGAGGGUGAACUACCUCAGAGGGAUCGUGUGAGGUCGGUACACAGGGAGGCCCAGUACUAUGCUAUUGGUCCCCUGUUGGACAGCCUGGAGGACACUCAGCCACUCACAGGAGAGAAAGUCCGCCAGGCCUUCCUCGACCUCCUGCCCUACUACAAGGAUAAUCUGGAGCGCAUCGUGGAGAUUGCCAAACUGCGGGCCAUGCAGAGGAAGGCUCGCUUCGCCAAGCUGAAGAUUUGCGUGUACAAGGAGGAGAUGCCCAUCACGCCGUACGAGCGGCCGCUCUUCAAUUCGUUGCGCUUUGAGCGCACGGAGAGUGAGGCCAAGCUGUUCGAGCACCACUGUGAGGUGGACGUGUCGUUCGGACCCUGGGAGGCGGUGGCGGACGUUUACGACCUGCUCCACUGCAUCGUCAGUGACCUGGCGGAGCGUGGCAUCACCGCCGACCAGCAAUGCAUCGGUGUCUGUGACAAACAUCUCAUCAACCACUACUAUUGCAAGAGGCCCAUCUACGAGUUCAAGAUCACAUGGUGGUAAAGAUCUUGCUGUCUGAGUUGUGAGGCGGACUCCUGUCGUGUUAUGCCAACCGAUCUCCUUCCUGGUCCCUCAGGAUGAGCGAGAAUAGGGGUAGUCAGUGUUAUUCUCCCUUUUCAAGAACUGAAACAUAUGAAGUGCUGAGUUUAUAGAAAGGAGGGAGUCUGGCUUUUGUGCUUCUGUUUCCUAACUCAAUAGCUGUGACCAAUGUUUCCUUUGUGUUGAAUUUUUUUAACAGUAUUUACCUAGGGUCUCAUUGGCUGCUUCUUAUUUUUUACUUGUUAAACUCUGGGAGUUUUUGUUCUCAUCCAACCUUGUAGAUCGGCCAAGGUUUUUCAGAAAAGGGUCAAGUUAAUCUCAUAUUGUGAUUCCAGUGUUGUCUGUCCCUUUGUCUUCAUUCCUACUUGUGCUGUUAUGCAUUCUACGUUGUGCGUUUCUGUGGUAACCACUUUGUUGGUCGCGAGAGAAACUGGAUGCAAUUAUGCAAGCUGGGGAAAUAUUGUUAAAGUACUGUAUAUAGCUACAUGUAAAUGUAUAUUUUGUUACUAAUACUGGUCUUUGAUUUAUACAUUAUAUUUUCUGUCACUUACUCUCCACGUAAAGAUUUAGAAGUCCUAGAUUAGAGACACCAGUAUGUGUCGAUCUUUGCUAAACAGUCUGUGAUCAGCAUGGCUUUGGAAAGUCAUUAUUUUUUUACCAUUACAGUUUUAGAGACCCAAAGGAAAUUAGAGAGUUGAAAAUCAAAUAGAUUAAAGGGGCAUGGUCAAAGUUAUUUUACUUCAGUUUCCUCUUGAUGGAUCCCAUAUGUUCUUUUAACUGGACAUGUUUAUCUGGCAGUUGAAAAUGGUGCAUGUGCUUCCUGUAAGUAAAAUCUUACUGCCCCAGAAUUUCUCUCUGAAGGGGUUUCUAUAGAUGAAGGAACGUUUUUUAUGUGCUGCUAAAAGUAAUUUACACUUAAAAAACUAAGAACACGACAAAAGUAUUUGGACACACUUUCAAAUUAGUGUAUUCUGCCAUUUCAGCCACACCCGUUGCUGACAGGUGUAUAAAAUCGAGCACACAAACAUGCAAUCGCUAUAGACCAACAUUGGCAGUAGAAUGGCACGUACUGAAGAGCUCAGUGACUUUCAACGUAACCAUCAUAGGAUGCCACCUUUCCAAUAAGUCACUUUGUCAAAUGUCUGCCCUGCUAGAGAUGCCCCGGUCAACUGUAAGUGCUGUUAUUGUGAAGUGGAAACAAGUGGUAGGCCACACAAGCUCAUAGAACGGGACCACCGAAUGCUGAAGCGUGUAAAAAUCGUCUGUCCUCAGUUGCAACACUCGCUACCGAGUUCCAAACUUCCUCUGGACUUCCUCCUCAACGUUAGCACAAGACCUGUUCGUUAGGAGCUUCAUGAAAUGGGUUUCCAUGGCCGAGUUGCCACACACAAGCCUAAGAUCAUCACCAUGCGCAAUGCCAAGCGUUGGCUGGAGUGGUGUAAAGCUCGCCACCAUUGGACUCUGGAGCAGUGGAAACGUGUUCUCUGGAGGGAUGAAUCACACUUCACCAUCAGGCAGUCUAAAGGAUGAAUAUGGGUUGGGCGGAUGCCAGUAGAACGCUACCUGCCGCAAUGCAUAGUGCCAACUGUAAAGUUUGGUGGAGGAGGAAUAAUGGUCUGGGGCUGUUUUUCAUGGUUCGGGCUAAGCCCCUUAGUUCCAGUGAAGGGGAAAUGUUAAUGUAUAGCAUACAAUGACAUUCUAGAAAAUUCUGUGCUUCCAACUUUGUGGCAACAGUUUGGGGACGGCCCAUUCCUGUUUCAGCAUGACAAUGCCCCCUGCACAAAGCAAGGUCUAUACAGAAAUGGUUUGUCGAGAUUGGUGUGGAAUACCUUGGCCUGCACAGAGCCCUGACCUCAACCCUAUCGAACACCUUUGGGAUAAAUUGGAACGCCGACAUCGAGCCAGGCCUAAUUGCCCAACAUCAGUGCCCGUCCUCACUAAUGCUUUUGUUGCUGAAUGGAAGCAAGUCCCCGCAGCAAUGUUCCAACAUCUAGUGGAAAGCCUUUCUAGAAGAGUGGAGGCUGUUAUAGCAGCAAAGGUGGGACCAACUCCCAACUGCAUGUUAAUGCCCAUGAUUUUGGAAUGAGGUGUUUGACGAGCAGGUGUCCAUAUACUUUUGCCAUGUAUGUGGUGACAUCCAUCUUUGGGUCUCUGGCGUUAGAACUUUAUAGCUCAAACUGCUUCUAUCUGCAUUUUUGUCUAAAUUGAGUUUUUGACAUAGCCUUGUUCAAUGUUCUCUACCUAUAUAGUACUCAAAGUUCCGAACUCUCAUUGGUUUAAAUGGUAUCAGCAAUUUUAUCUUGUAUUCUUUCGAAAUUAACAACAUGAAUUGUGGUAUUUUAAAUACCAAUUAUCUCAAUUGUGUUUUUGCAGAUAAACCUUAUAGUCCCAAGGUCUCGAGUUGAGAAUUUAGCAGAUUUUUGAUCAUACUGUAUAUUUGCCAUUAUAUUGACAUGUGCUUCAACAAUUCCAUCUUCUUUUGCAGCAUGACAUAGAUUAGUCAUUCAAAUUUCAUAUGAUCAUUUUAUAUGACAUGGUAUUUCUACGGAUUAAAUAAAUUCAGCUUAAGUGCCUUUUCCUAAGGGCAACUGUUUCACUUACAUGGAGCUUAAACCAGGAAACCACACAAUAUUUUUUUCUAAUCAAGGACAACUGCAGUGACACUAUUGUCACCUCCCCCGUGGGUUAGUUCUGUUUUCUUUUUUGUUCCCCGUGUUGUUUAGUUAAUUAAUAUUAGAUUUAUACAGAUGUCAUAUUGAUAUGUCCAUUCAAUUACCUUUUCAUAGAGUAGGCUACAAGUUCUUGUUUUAGAGGGCUCAGGAUCUAAAUGAUUAUGUGCAAUGUUUGUGAAUCCAUGACUUGGUUUUCAGAAUGAAAUACAGUAAUGUAGUGUUGUAAAUGUAUGUCCAGCUUGGUUUUUCCAUUAUAGGCCAAUUAAUGCUUUAUAACAGAACAGACAAAACAUUACUGUAUGUCCAGGCAGCUUGGUUUUUCCAUUAUAGGCCCAUUAAUGCUUUAUAACAGAACAGACAACACAUUACUGUAUGUCCAGGCAGCUUGGUUGUUCCAUUAUAGGCCCAUUAAUGUUUUAUAAGAGAACAAAUAACACAUUAGUGUAUGUCCAGACAGCUUGGUUGUUCCAGUAUAGGCCUAUUAAUGCUUUACAACAGAACAAAUAACACAUUAGUGUAUGUCCAGACAGCUUGGUUGUUCCGGUAUAGGCCUAUUAAUGUUUGAUAACAGAACAAAUAACAUUUAAGUCAUUUAGCAGACGCUCUUAUCCAGAGCGACUUACAAAUUACACAUUAGUGUAUGUCCAGACAGCUUGGUUGUUCCGGUAUAGGCCUAUUAAUGCUUUAUAAGAGAACAAAUAACACAUUAGUGUAUGUCCAGACAGCUUGGUUGUUCCGGUAUAGGCCUAUUAAUGCUUUAUAAGAGAACAAAUAACACAUUAGUGUAUGUCCAGACAGCUUGGUUGUUCCGGUAUAGGCCUAUUAAUGCUUUAUAACAGACCAAACAAUACAGUAUGUUAUUACUGGGUGUCAGUCAGGUGGAUCAAGGUGGAUAGUAUUUUUUACUUGUUUUGUGCUAUUGAUGUCAUGUUACACAGGUCUCUAAGUUUGGCUUGGAUAACGUGACUUUAUUUUCCUUCUGUUUAACUCUAUGAUACUGGGCUGAGUGAUUGACAACAAGUGUUAAUGGUUGCCACUUUCUUACUGUUGGGUGUCAAUUGAUUGGAUUUUGUUGAUUUUUAUGAAGCCUGUCACAGAUAGAGCCUUUAAUCUUUUAAAAUAUAAUUGCAGGGAUGGUUUGGGGGUUAGAAUACAUUUGUAUUUAUUUAUUUCAGUAUUUUAGGCAACUUAGACUUGAGGAACAUUCCUUGCACCUUAUUGAAGUUUCUCCCUUGGCUGGUGAAUGUCUUUUGCAGAUUCCAUAGCUGGCCCAUGUCUAGACUGCUCGUGGCAUGGGAAAGUUGGAAAAACAAUGCACAGCUUGACCAGUGGCCUAAUUUUUCAAGAAUAAUAUCUUGCUUUAACUUACAUAUUGCAUUAUUUGUUGUAAGGGUAUGCGCUAUUGUGCUAAUACUAAGUCAUAUUUUUUGUUUUUAUAACAAGGUACAAAUACAGUUUGCCUUAGUCUGUAUAAAAUGA